AUGCCAUUAAAGCUAGCCAUUAGUUCCAUGUCCCUAGGGCGCUGCUUUGCCGGCCACUCUUUGGACAGCAAGCUUGAUGCCGCUCAACGAUACGGCUAUCUCGGUAUCGAGCUUUUUUAUGAGGAUCUGGUCGACGUUGCAGAGCAUUUGUCGAACGAGCGUCCUUCUCCCGAAGGCCCUUUUGUCGAAGCUCAGAUAGCCGCCGCUCGUCAUAUUCUCCAAAUGUGUCAAGCCAGGGGGCUUGAGGUCGUCUGCCUCCAGCCUUUCAUGCACUACGACGGCCUUAACGACAGGGCAGAACAUGAGCGUCGUCUGGAGAAGCUAGCACUAUGGAUUGAGCUCGCUCAUGAGCUUCACACCGACAUCAUUCAGAUCCCAGCCAACUUCCUCCCUGCCGACCAAGUCAGUGACAACCUCGACCUGAUUGUCUCAGAUCUUUGCAAGGUGGCCGAUAUUGGAGCUCAAGCUUUGCCCCCUAUCCGCUUUGCCUACGAGAGUCUUUGCUGGAGCACCCGUGUCGACCUCUGGGAGCGCUGCUGGGACAUCGUACAACGCGUUGACCGCCCCAACUUUGGCAUCUGCCUUGACACCUUCAACAUCCUCGGCCGCAUCUAUGCCGACCCUACAUCUCCUAGCGGUAGGACACCCAACGCAAAAGAGGCAGUCAGGAAGUCCAUCGCCAACUUGGUCUCGCGCGUGGAUGUCUCCAAAGUCUUCUACGUCCAGGUGGUUGACGCCGAGAGGCUGAGCAAGCCACUACUGCCCGGCCACCCCUAUUACAAUCCAGAGCAGCCGGCGAGGAUGAGCUGGUCGCGCAAUUGUAGACUGUUCUACGGCGAAACAGAGUAUGGUGCGUAUCUUCCCGUGAAGGAGGUUGCUCGAGCCUUUUUCCACGGCAUUGGUUUCGAGGGCUGGGUCAGUUUAGAGCUUUUCAACCGCAGAAUGUCUGAGGAGGGGCCUGAAGUGCCGGAGGAACUUGCCAUGAGAGGCGCUAUCUCGUGGGCCAAGUUGGUGCAAGACCUGAGGAUACCGGUGGAGGGGCCAUUGGUGACGACGCCCCGGGUCUCUGCUUCGCUGUAA